AUGGGUGCCCUCGGGCGGAUUUACCGCAUUUCCUUUCUCGCCGUCAUUGGCGGCGCCCUCUUUGGCUUCGACAUAUCGUCCAUGUCGGCUAUCAUCUCGACGCAGCCGUACCUGUGUCAGUUCAAUGAACGGGGUCUCGAUGCCAAGGGCCGCUGUCUGGGCCCGUCCGCGACCACCCAGGGCGGCAUCACGGCCGCCAUGCCCGGUGGUUCAUUUGUCGGCGCUUUAGUGUCUGGCUGGUUGUCGGACCGCUUCGGCCGGAAGCGGUCCAUCCUGAUCGGGUCUCUAUUUUGGAUUCUGGGCUCCAUCCUGGUCUGCGCGUCAGUCAACAUUCCGAUGUUAAUUGUAGGCCGCUUCGUCAAUGGGUUCUCCGUCGGCAUCUGCUCGGCACAGGUCCCUGUGUACCUCACCGAGAUUGCUCCUCCCUCCGUGCGCGGCCGUCUCGUCGGGCUCCAACAGUGGGCGAUCACCUGGGGUAUCUUCGUCAUGUAUCUGAUUUGCUACGGCUGUGCUUUUGUCGAGGGCUCGGGGGCGUUCCGCAUCCCGUGGGCGCUCCAGAUGCUACCUGCUAUCGGUUUGUUUGGUGGCCUUCUACGCGAGCCCGAGUCUCCGCGCUGGCUGCUCAAGAAGGGCCGUGAAACCGAGGCCCAGAACACCCUGGCGCUUCUCCAUAGCAACGGGGACACUACCUCGCAUUUUGUGUCCACAGAAUUGCACCAAAUCAAGACAGCCGUCAGCCAGGAACAAGAGCACGCCGAUGCCAACUGGUCCGAGGUGUUUGCGCCCACUAUGAUCAAUCGUACUCUCAUCGGCAUCUUCACCCAAGUCUGGUCCCAGCUGACGGGCAUGAACGUGAUGAUGUACUACAUCACGUAUGUGUUCACCAUGGCCGGCAUUGACGACGUGCUCGGCUCCAGCGCUAUCGGCUUCAGCCUCAACGUCGUCAUGACGGUGCCCGCCCUUCUCUGGCUCGACGUUUGGGGCCGCCGGCCACCUCUCCUGAUCGGCUCCGCCCUGAUGUGCGUUUUCCUCACCGUCAACGCCGUGCUUCUUGCUGUAUUUAGCCGCACCCCACAACCCGGCGAGUUCACCUCGGCCUCCGAGUCCAUGGCGAUCAGCGGCGCGCCUGCCAAGGCCGUCAUUGCCUCAACCUGCUUGUUCGUGGCCAGCUACGCCCCAACUUGGGGCCCCGUAUCGUGGGUGUACCCCCCGGAGCUCUUCCCUCUCCGUCUCCGCAGCAAGGCUGUUGCGCUGGCCACCUCAGCCAACUGGGCCUUCAACUUUGCGCUCGCUUACUUCGUCCCCGUCGCGUUUGAGAACAUCACCUGGAAAACCUACGUCAUCUUUGCCGUCUUCUGCGCCGUCAUGCACCUGCAUGUCUUCUUCUUCUUCCCCGAGACGGCCAACAAGAACCUGGAGGAGGUCGCCGAAAUCUUUGACGGCGAACAGGACGGGGCUAUCAAGUACAUCGGCACGCCGGCCUGGAAGACACGGAAUGACCGGCACGCUAGGAUCAUCCGGGACUUCAUGUCAAGCGAUGAAUCGGAUAUUGCUGCGGGGCAAGCCAAGGCAUCGGAGGCGGUGUGA